UGCCGACCGACCUUCCAACAACGUUAUUGCUAAUGUAAGUUAAUUCAGUUACCUGUCGAAUGGCUAAACGAACAGGUGCGCGAGAAGUUACUUAAAACUGUUCCCGUAUCCGUUACUAAUUAAUCUGUAUUAUCAGUGGCAAAUAUGCGAUAAGAAUUUUAUCUUGUACGACGUAACAAACGAAAGUUUUCUAUUUGAACUUAACUUAAUAGGUAGAUUUAGUUUAAUUAGAUAUUGUGCAAAUAGUGACGUAUUUCGUGACAGCAUGUUCAAAAAAAAUCGCCAAAAGCAGGAACAAAAAUCACCUAAUGGACUUCAAAACAGCGAUCCUUACGAAAACAAUGGUACUACGGAUACCAACAAUCAAGACCAGUCCACGAUCGGUAGACCUCAGUUAGUCUUUCAUUGCCAGCUGGCCCACGGAAGUCCUACGGGACUCAUUUCAGGAUUCUCCAAUGUGCGAGAGCUUUAUCAAAAGAUAGCAGAACAUUUUGAAUUUCCCGUCUCCGAGAUAUUAUUUUGUACUCUAAAUACUUACAAAAUCGAUAUGAAGAAACUACUAGGGGGACAAAUUGGAUUAGAAGACCUUAUAUUUGUUCACAGAAAGGGUAAGUUUGAAUUACAUUUUUUGUACAAUUUCUUAGCGAUGCAGAACAAAACUUUAGUUUAUCUACGGUUUUGAAUGCUGAUGUUUUAU